AAAACAACCCGGGCCUGCUUUCACCUCACAUUCAAUCAAUGAUUGUGUGUGUGUGUGUGUGUGUGUGUGUGUGUGACUCACUGUCCCACAGUCAGACGUCCGUGUGUCCGUCAGGUCAGAGGCUGAACGUCCAGACAGAGUGAAGAUGUUGAGAGCUGUGGUCGAGCUGCUGCUGCUGCUGCUGCAGGUGGAAACAGGUUUGCUGAUGCUGGACGGUGCUCAGGACGGAGCAGCAGGGGGCAGCAGUGGUGACGGCGACACCAUCAGUCACCCCGUGGUCCUGGUGCAGCGCCUGGAGACGCUGCUGCUGCAGGGGAACGGCAGCGACGUGUCCCUGCGGGUGGAGACGCCGGCGGCCGACGAGGUGAAGAUGAUCCAGGCGCACGCUCUGGUUCUGGCGCUGCACAGCGCCGUGUUCGAGGAGAUGCUGCUGAGCCGCAACGGCAGCACGCUGGUCCUGAAGGAGGGCGCCGACUGCGCCGCCGUGUUCGACAAGUUCAUCAGGUAUCUAUACUGUGGAGAGAUUUCUUUGCGUCUCGACCAGGCCACGCCCCUACACAAGCUCGCCUCUAAAUACCAGGUGCUGAGUCUCCAGCAGGGCGUCACCCAGUACAUGAUACAGAACCUGGCACGGAACUCGCCGUCGGGCCACGUGGCGGGCUGGUACGAGUACGCGCUGCAGGCCGCAGACGUGACUCUGAGGGACAGUUGUCUUCAGUACCUGGCGUGGAGCCUGUCCUCGGUGCUGCAGAGCGGCGAGUGGUUGACCGUUAGCGGUCACCUGCUCAUGUCGCUGCUGCAUCGCUCCGACCUCGUCCUGCAGAGUGAGAUGGAACUCUUCGCCGCUCUGGAGGCGUGGAUCGUCCACAAUGAUCCGGACGAGUUGACUGCAGAGAACGCCCUGAGGGCUGUGCGCUACGCCAUGAUGCCUCCACGCGAGCUCUUCCACCUGCAAACCCAGUCCCCGGUCCUGGCUCGCUAUCAGGAGUCAGUGCGCGACCUGCUGUACAUGUCGUACCAGUUUCACUCCGCCUCGCCGCUGCACAUGGCCAAGUACUUUGACAUGAACUGCAGCCUCUUUGUGCCCAGGAACUACCUGUCUGCGGCGUGGGGUUCCCCGUGGGCCAUCAACAACCCGUCACGAGACGACCGCAGCACAAGCUUCCAGACGCAGCUGGGGCCCAGCGGCCACGACGCGGCCAAGAGGGUGACGUGGAACGCCCUGUUCUCGCCUCGCUGGUUACCACUCAGCAUGAGGCCGAUGUACACGGAGACCAGCGCCAUGCAGCCGACGCGAGCGGAGGGAGGACGUCCUCGCAUCAUCAUCACCCCGGCCACAUCCAGUACCGACUUCGCUGGGGUGAACUUCCAAAAGACGGUGCUCGUGAUGGCGAGGCAGACGGGGACGCUGGUGGUCAAACAUGUCUACAACUUCCACCAGAGCACCGAGGAGAACAGCGACUUCUUAGCCGAGGCCGACCUGUCCCGCCGCACGUCUGAGUACCUGACCGACAGCUCCCUCUUCCUCCAUAUUGUGGUGAAGCCGGUCUACCAAAGCCUGAUCCUCAGCAAGAACUGACCCCGGUCCAUGGAUGACAAAGUCGCCAGAACUCGAUGAAUGAAGAUCGGGAAGUUGUUGAAAAUCGUCCUCACUGUAAAAUCACGUCUCUUGAAGGAUCAGGCUGGUGAGGUCGUGUUUUAAUACCCCGACGAAAAUAGUCCCCGAAAACUACAAAUCCAAUGAUAUUUAUGAGCAACUGCAAAAACAUCGGGUCAGUAAAUAUGGAAAUUCUAGCGAUAUCAGGCAGCGAUACAUCCCCGACCCCUUCUGGGCGGCCAUUUUGUCAAAGCCCCACCCCCAAAAAAUACUGGAAGUUUUUAUUGCUGUAACAUGUUUUUGAAGCAUGAUGACAUAAUACAAUACAAAACAGAAGCCUCCGCCCACUUUUAUUCAUGAACUGUCUGAAAAUGUAAAUAACAUUAACUUCAUGUAAACUUUUGCCAAUUUUUCAUUUUUGAUUUUAUUUUUAUUUUAGUAAAAAUAUUGGUAACUUUUUUGUGACAUUAGUUUAUCUGUUUCAGCUGUUAGCUUACGUCUUAAAAAAAGAACAGAAAGCCCCGCCCCUUUUGUCCAUGUCUCUUUCCUCCAAUGACGUAAUAUUUUGUAAAAAAUUUUGACAACUGCAGGAAUGUUUUUUUGUAAAGAUUAUAUAUUAUUUUGUGUCCAUAAAGUUUAUUUAAACCAAACACAGGUACAGACAGAAGGUUCAGGGAGUAUGUGUAAAGUUUGCAAUAUUAGUUUAGGCUUCAUUACGGCAAAAUACUAAAUCCCGCCCUUAAACGCUGGCUGAUCUAAGGCUAAUUAUCACCGGCCUGAUCCUUUAAACCUUUUAUCGUUUAUUUUUUUUCUUAUUUUGAAACGUUGGUGCUAUUUGACCCUCUCAGUGUUUGUGGGUCACAGUUUUUCAAUCACAGCCCAAUAAACAGCGAUUCUGUGAUUUACAGUCGACUUAUUUCAGCAGAUUUUAAGGAUUAUAAAUAAACAUACUGUUAAUUAUUCAUAAAGUUACCGUAGAAGUUAGAAAACGUCGUCAUUAGAUCGUUAAAUUAGAUUCACAUUGAACAUCCUAAUAAAUAUUUUUACUGAU